AUGGAGCUCUUCAAGAUCCAGGAACACUGUAUUAGCGCCGUCGCCAAUGUGGAGGGUAUCUUCAUGGAAUUCCUGACGCAGCCGCAGUCCGUGGCCAACAGGACCAACCUAUUUGGCCUCGAGGCGGGCCGACGACGAGAAGGUCCGCGUGACCGUCCUCAAAGUGUCCGUGUUCGAAGAGGCCUUCUGCGCCGCCGCGGGUACCCCAUUGACGUCGUCUACAUCAACUACGUCGAUAGUUCACAGGGUGUAUACAAGAGCUGGGGUACUGAGAUUGUUGCUAAGAUGCAGGCUGUAAGCAAGAAGUAUGACUCAGAGGAAUUUUUUCAGAGGAGGGUUCCUGGUGGCUUCAAGGUAUUUUAA